ACAGACAAAAAAAUUAGGAACAACCGCACUUAGUUAAUAUAGUUUCGUCAGAGUCCGAUUAAAUUCUUAGGGCAAGAAUUUUUCUCCGUCGGUGCGGCAGGCUAUUUCUUCUGAAACAAAUCAAAGCAAAGGGAUGGCGCCACCUCCUGGACCUUAUUCUGGCACUAGCACUCUCGCUCUCGUGGCUCGUGCAUCUGCUUUCUCUUUUGGACUCGUUUAUGGGAGCGUCAAGCUCAAGUACCUCAAGGCAAAGGCAAAGUCGCAAAAGAAAGCCGAAGCAAAAGCUGCAGCAAAGGCUCACCACUGAAGCAGAGGGGUUUUGUUCAUAGUUAGUUGCAUGCAUGAGUUGAGUUUGGUGUAGGAAUAAUGCAUAUAUUAAUGGAACUGUACCAGGUUUUCAUUGUGGCCUGCAGCUUCUGUGGACCAUGACAUUCCUUCUCUUAAAAUUUUUUAAGAGUUAUCAACUUGGCCCUUCAAUUAUUAUGCCUUUUUUGUUGGCAGUGGCUCUAUGGAUGUUUAGUUUCUUUUCCGUAGUUGACAAAUGGGCACAGCUGCUGAAUUUUAUAUGCUCCCCGGUUCAAAGUAAUAAUUCCAUCACUCUUUGGCUUCUGAAAUCUGGUGCAUCUAUUAAAAUUUGUGUUAUAAAUCUUAGUCUUCCUGCUGCAUUGUUUCUCACUUGAAUCUUGCCAUUAAGUGUUAACACCUGCAACAUCUGCUUAACUACAGUUAAAAGACCUUUUGGGCUUGUAUUUACUGUACUAGCAGGCAAUUGCGUCUAAUCUGUCAAUCUGGUUUGCACAAGCAAAUUCCUCUUGGCC